UUUUUUUAAUAAUGUACCGUGAAAACCAGCCAUCCUGUCUUUCGUCCGAAGUCCACUCGUGUUCUGCAUUCAUUGACGAAGUUCAAACAUUGACUGACCAAAUACGAUAUUAAAAUCAUCCUUUUGCUUUUUCGAUGGAGGUGUGAUAAUCAGACUUUAACCUGCUUCGCUGCCGACUCGCAGCAACUGGUCAGACAUUAAGAACGGAUAGAAUCACAACGUCGGUCCAUAUUUUUUAGUAUUGCCGAGAUUGCUUCGGACUUUCAAUUUUGUGAAGUGGUCUGUCUGGUGUUAGAACUUCAACCUAGUCAUCUGUACUAUCAAAACCCUUUCCAAUGAUGUCGAAUCUUCUUUUCUUGUAUGGAACCAUCAAAUCAGGUCAGCCCAAUCAUUCGUCUGUUCCAGUAGAUGGUCCAGGACUAUGUAAAUGUCUCGGCACGGGGCGGACAGAAACAAAAUGGCCGCUGGUGAUCGCAACAAAAUACAACAUUCCCUUUCUCUUGGACUGUGAAGGGAACGGAUAUAACGUCCAAGGUGAGGUGUACGAGAUAGAUAACAAUAUCCUUGCUGACAUCGAUGAAAAGGAAGGCUACCCAGAUCACUACGAUCGUCGGAAGGUCAAGAUCAUCAUGGACAAAAUGGCGGAUGGCUCCGAGCCGACGACCUUGGAAUGCUGGUUCUACCUGUUACCAAGAUUCAGGCAAUCCCUACUGGCACUUGAAAAGCACGAGAGUUAUGACAGCUAUGGCGCCCACGGCAAACAAUACAUCCAGAUGUACAAUCAUAAGAACAAUGAAUGGCUAGAACCCAUGGAGACAGUACAUAAAGAGAUUGCCUCGUUACAAGAGAGAGAUGACGUUUACACCUGAUUACAUUCUUCUCACUGUUGAGACAUUGUUCGUAGAUUAUUUUAUUUUCUUUCGAACCGUUAUUACACUUAUGCAAUUUAUAAGUGUUCUCUAGAAUUGUAAUAUUUUUGUAGGCCUUCUAUCAUGGCGGUUUGCAAUAAAGUAUUACUAUCAAUGAUAAUACUAGCUUAUGAAUUAUAGCGGUAAACACUUUGACCUACUUUUAACACCCUAAGUAAGCCAUCACGAAAUACCACCCACUCAUGAAAUAAUUUUAUCGCAUUUCGUGUAAAUUUAGAAGGUAUAUGGGCAUCAUUUAUUGAAUAUUUCCUCUCAUAUAUCACUGGAUGCUUUUACAUGGGUACAACUGCAUUAUCCAAAGAGAAGAAGAACAUGAAUAAAAAUACUAUUAAAUGUCACGGAGGCCUACAGUUGUAAAUUCAAAUGAUUUGCAAGAAUACUUAUUUCGAGCAAUAAUGUUUAAGUGCAAGAGCGUUAAUUGCCCAUAUAGUAGUUAAUUGUCACAAUGAAAUAUGACAUGAGCUAUCUUUAGAAAGUAAGAGUCAUUCCAAGACUUAGAAGAAAAAAAAACAGAACAUCGUACAUACAUUCUUUACCUUAAUAAAAGUUCUCAACUUUGA